GCCUUCAUCACUAUGCCUCGAAUCUAGUUAUCUGAAAAGGUUUCCGCCCCCCUACCUUGUCCGCCGCCCCUUCAUCCCCUGGUAAAAGAAGUCAUGUAUGCCCCCAAAAUCAUGUAUCCAUCUUAUUCUAAAAAAUUAGACCCGCUAUAUUGUAGAGAAAGGGUUUGAUUUGGAAAUAGCAUUUGUCCCUUUCCUUUCCCUUCCUUUCACCAUUUCCUAUCCCUUCACUCAUCCCUCCUUUUUCGUUUAUUUCUUAUAUCUAUCGAUUUGCACCAGCGAGCAUGGGUCAGAGAAGUGACACGAAUGUUUUUCCUACGUAUUUAUGUACCGUUUCAGGGGAGUGUAUGGAGAAAAAGAAAGAGAUGACCGUUCCUGUUCCUGUUUCCCUUCUAAUGUGUUCCCUACAAACACCCCCGUUAGCCCCUAUUUGACCGACUAGACAUUUAUGCCCAUUCCCCUGACCCCCCAAUCUUCCAUCUUUCGCCCAUAUUUAUCCAAUUCAUCUAUCGAUUCCUAUGUCAUACAUGUCCCGUCUACCGCCUACCCGCAUCAAACUUAACUUCUUAAUCAUCCAUCAGUAAUAGUUAGCUCUUGACCUGCAGGCUAGUUUAAGUAGACUCGCUACUAACCAGGAUGAGGCCGUUCGUAACCAUAACACCAACAUAUCAAACUCCAUGUACCAAUAUUAGCAUCAACAAUAUGAAUAACAGAAGAUGUCUCCACGAAUUCAAGUGAUCUCAGACCUCCACCUAGAAGUCAACAAUGAAUAUAGAUCCUUCAUUAUACCCCCCGCAGCACCCUUCCUCGUCCUCGCCGGGGAUAUCGGCCAGCUAAUAGACUACAACGAAUAUCUACACUUCCUCAACACCCAAUGCGCUCAGUUCAAGCACGUCUACCUGGUACUUGGAAAUCAUGAAUUCUAUAGCCUUUCACGACAGGAAGGACUCAAACUGGCUGCACGUCUUGGACAAGAGACUCAACCCCACGGCAAACUAAGCAUACUCAACCGCCACCGUGCUGAGCUGCCUGGCUUUCCCAACAUCGUACUAUUAGGCUGUACACUACAGUCCAGAAUACCAUAUGAGUCCGUCGAUGCAGUGUUGAGCCGUGUCAGGGACUUCCAGCGUAUACUCGACUGGUCUAUAGCGGAUCACAACGCAGAGCACACGCAAGAUACGGAAUGGCUAGCGGACCAAAUCAGGACUAUUAAAGCCGAGACGGAGAAUGCUACUGUUAUCGUUAUCACGCAUCAUGCCCCUUGUGUUCAGGAGAGUAGCAGGCCCGAGCAAGUGGACAAUCCAUGGACAUGCUCGUUUGCAACGGAGUUACUUGAUGGGACUACCGUAUUUUCUCAGGUCCAGCACUGGAUCUUUGGGCAUACACAUUACACUACCAGCUUCGUCAAGGAGGGAGUCAGACUUGUAAGCAACCAGCGAGGAUAUCACCAUGCUGGUAGCCCUAUAGAAAAGGGGGCUUCCAUCUCUUCCCGAGAGUUUGAUGUCAACAAGACCAUAUCACUAGACUAG